UUGAUGGCAGUUGCAUGCGUUGCAUGGGUGUAAACGGACGGACGUACAGUCGGACAGACAGCUGCAGUGUCAUCAUCUUGCUCUGUGCGUCUUAUUGUACGGAACGAGCUUGAAGUGUCGGAAGUUCGAAAAGGAGCAAGUUGCUACUAUGCCUCAGCGAAAACUAACCAAAGUCACGUUACUAUUAAUGUUGCCUGUUUGGCCAAGAGAAUUCGCGAUGUAGCCUCUUAUACAGUCGAUCUCAUCGCGUUCGCGUUUAUUCCUCAUCCGAUGUACCGAGAAGUAUCGGGAGCAUUUCGUGCAACAUUUUCAAAGCCAAGUCGCAUGAAAUCUCCUGUUGUUGUUCUCGUAAAAACAUUUGUCUAUUGUCGUGUCACCCUUUGUCGUUAUUCUCGACCUUUUCAUCUACGUUCAUAUCUCCGUUGUCAUCAUUCUCAAGUGCCUUCUCUUUCCCUCUUUCACACUUUUAACUCACUAUUUUCUGAUUUCAACCACGCGAAAAGCCAGUGUAUGCAUCGAGUGACGUACUAAUAUAUUUGUUAUUUCGAUAUGAGGUGGAUGACUCAUUCCAAAAUGCAUCGCAUUUAUUAGACAUCUUCAAAAUAAAUGGAUCUUUUUGCCAACUAAAAGGCAAAGUGUUCUUAUUUGAUAUAUAGAAUAAAAGAAAAAAUGUCCCAAUUAAGUAUUAGUACUGGGAAGAGAGGGAGGAGUGUUGCAAGCUCCUCCGCAUCUACUGUAUCAUCUCUAAGCAGCUCAACUGACCUAGCAAGCCUAUUUGAAUGUCCAGUUUGCUUUGAUUAUGUUCUUCCACCAAUCUUACAAUGCCAGAGUGGACAUCUUGUUUGUAGUAAUUGCAGACCAAAACUUAACUGCUGUCCUACCUGUAGAGGUCCAUUAGGUAAUAUCCGCAAUCUGGCAAUGGAAAAAGUGGCAGGUAACGUGAUGUUUCCCUGCAAAUAUUCAACAAGUGGAUGCACAGUGUCGCUAGUGCAUACUGAAAAGGCAGAUCACGAAGAUGCAUGUGAAUUCCGUCCAUACAGUUGUCCUUGUCCAGGAGCUUCUUGUAAAUGGCAAGGAUCUCUCGAGCAAGUAAUGCCACAUCUUGUUAUGAGUCACAAAAGCAUUACAACUCUUCAAGGGGAAGACAUUGUUUUUUUAGCAACAGAUAUUAAUCUUCCUGGUGCAGUGGAUUGGGUAAUGAUGCAGUCUUGCUUUGGUCAUCAUUUUAUGUUAGUGCUUGAAAAACAAGAAAAGUAUGAUGGACAUCAACAAUUUUUUGCAAUUGUUCAAUUGAUUGGUUCAAGAAAACAAGCAGAAAAUUUUGCUUACAGACUAGAAUUGAAUGGGCAUAAAAGGCGCCUAACAUGGGAAGCUAUGCCGCGUUCUAUUCACGAAGGUGUUUCAUCUGCAAUUUUAAAUUCAGACUGCCUUGUAUUUGACACCUCCAUCGCGCAAUUAUUUGCCGAUAAUGGAAAUCUAGGAAUUAAUGUUACAAUUUCUAUGGCAUGAGGAAAGCUGGAAAAAGCAGUGUAAAAUAUUUUAAAUGUAUCAAGCAGUCUUUUGAUUGUAAUUCAGUCUUUGCACUGAGGAUUGUCCGUUAUGUACAUAUAGCAUUUUUUUACGUUACCACAGAUAAAUAUUAGCAAUAUGGAUGUUAGGAUAUGUUUGGAAUGUGUUGAUAAAGCACAGCAAUCAAACGCUCAGUUACAGGACCUCUCUUUAGAAGCUUUAAAGUGUACUUGUAUGUGAUAUUAACAUUACACAUGGAAACAAUAAACAAUCAUUCAGUAUACUUAUGCUGACUUUAAAGCUUUAGCACUGAGUAUAACAUCAAUUCCAAAAUGUACCUGACACCUAUUGCACACUGUUAUCAUGUUCUUUUAGUCACUUCUUACUGAGCCAAUUUAAAAAAAAACAAUUUCUUUAAUUUUGAUGCUUACCAAUUUAAUUCUUUAUAGAAAUAACGUUAUAUUCUAUAAAAAAAAGUAGUUUUCGUUGAUAGAUCAAUAAUGAUCUGUUGAUAUACAGCAUGGCAUUAUAAGUAAAAAUUGAUGGUACAUACCUGAAGAAAUCCUCUAUACGUAAUUUUUUACUAUGUAGUAAUAUGUACUAAGCUGCAUCAGUCAUUAUUUAUUUUCAUUUAGAAAUUUUGCGUGGUCGCAUAUUUAUUGUAACCUCAUCUUUGUCUAUAAUUAUAGUUAAAAAAUAAGUUCAUUUUAAUAAAUUUACUUUCAUUUUAAUUAAGACACAUAUUAUAAUUAUUAUCUAUACUUGAUACUUUGUAUUUAACUUUUCAUUAUUUUUCAAAACUUUCAUUAAGAAACUACAGUUUGAGACCAUACAAGAACUCAUAUAAAAUCAAAAGUUAGUUAUAAGUUUGCAAAUAUACUGCUGAGAAUUUAUGAUUAUUAAGAUGUGCUCAAAGAUAUUCAGAAAAAGUUGUUAUUACUUUAUUACAGGAAAUCUUCUAACUUACGCUAAUACACAGUGCAUUGAAUUAUUUCUUUUGGUGAGCAUUACAAAGAUUGAUAACAUUAUUCCAUCUACUUUAAUUUUAUGAAGAAAAAGUAUUAGAGUAUAUGUAUCAGCAAUAUAUACGGGAACACGAAAGUAGUUGGUAUACGAUAAACAGGUGCAAAAUAAUAGAAUAAAAUUGCGCAAUUUCAUCCUUUUUUACUGACAUAAAAAUGAACAAACUUAUAUAAGGAGAAAUUAUAAUUUCAGAAAUACAUAGUUUCACUAAAUUGGUGCAUAGUAGUUUUAUAAAUAAUAAGUGACAUUGUAAAUAAUUUUCAAACUAUCGUCCGUAUAAAUUUUUCGAGUGUCGUGUAUCAAAUUUGAGGAAAUUCGAUGAUGAUUAUACAGUUAAACAAAGUUGAUUAACGUUUGUGCAUUAAGAACAAAAGAGAUUUGUGCAAAAGAAAUUAAAAUUACAUGAGCUUGAUCCUAAUCAAAUUUGAAAUUCUCAGGUCAAACCAAAAUGUGGAAGACAACCGUUUUUACAUCACCAUGAAUAAAGGCAUAUAAAUUGCUUAACAUUCCAGAUGUAAGUGAAAAGUUAUUGUAAAUAGAACAAAUUUGACAUGUGUGAUAAAAUUAUUAAUUGGUAAUUAAAUUAACAUGUAAACAUGCAUAUGUAUGAAGUUCGAAGGAAUAUGGGAACCAAUUGCAUGUUAUGCAUAUGUAUAAGUAUAUAUAAAUAUAUAAGCGUGACACACACACAUAUAAUAUAUAACUAUAUGAAAGUGUAUUUAUAUAUAUGUAUAUAUAUGCGCAUAUUAAACUUAUACAAUUACUUUUAAGUUUACAUAAGUGUACUGCAAAAUGAAAUACUUAAUUUUGAUGGUUUUAAAGUUUCUGCAGUUUUGGCGGUUACUAAAAAAAAAAGACAUUCGAAUGUAACAUUCA